UAUGUAGACGCGUAUUUCAGCCAUGUGCACCGAGCUUAUCCAUUUCUUGAUAAACACCAAAUCAAGGCUCGGGCAAAGGCCUUGCCCCAUUAUGAACUUUGGACGGAUGACAUUGUCAACCUGGUAAUGGCCAUCGGAAGCACGACCCUCGUACGCGCUGGAAAGCUUGAGGCUGACGCUUCGUUCCACCUCGCGGUACCUUAUACGAAUAUCUUGAACAAGUACCUCUUACGUCCGACGAUGGAGGGUCUCCAAGUCCUUACGUUGCUGUCACUAUACUCUCUAUUCGACACCACAGGCCCAUCAACCUGGACAAUAGUCGGCAUUCUGACUCGUCAAGCCGCAGCACUUGGACUCUCUCGAAUCAAUCUGACUUCAGCAGAUCUCGAGCCCCAGAGUCGUGAGCUGCGAAACCGGCUAUUCUGGAGCAUCUUCGUCCUUGACCGCAUGGUAGCUGUCUCCGUUGGGCAUGACGCGGGGCUUGUUGAUCACAACAUGGCGGUACCGCAACCGGCUGUGACAGUCCUCGAAUUCGCUUCGCAAGACCGAAGUAAGCAUGCGUCGCUACUCCAGCUCAAUCGACACAUCAUACAACUCCGUCAGUUGGAACAUCGUAUCCUACUCUCGGUCCAUCUCAGAAAUCAUGCUGAGCUUAGCAAGCUCACACUACCGGAUCGAAAAGCCAUCUCAUCGGAGUUACGUUCGGCUAUAGACGACUGGUACAGUCAUGCUUGUUUGGUGUCGAUGCCUGAGGCCGACAACAUUCCAAUUCACAGUACAAUUACCUGGGUCAACGCUCGAUACUACAAUCUCCUUGUACUAUUGUACUAUCCAUGUCACUUCAACAGUCAAGCGAGAUAUGCAACGACAAAAGAACUUCUGUCUCACGUCAGUAAGUUCACCAAUUACAAUCGUAUCUUGCUGGAACAACGACAACUUCCGCUCAACCACAUUACGCUCGGUAGACUGUUGCCUGCGUGCAUGGUACUUCUUCAUUGUUUUGCAGUAGCGCAUCCGCGCACGUACAUCUCUCAGGCAGAAUUGACGAGCUGUAUCGAGAUACUGCGCGCAUUCCCUGCAGCCUGGUUUUCUGCACAUCAGACGUCUGGCAUCAUGACCGAAUUCAUAGAGCUUGUAGCCAGCCACGAGGCAUACGCCUCUCGUCAAAUCUUACAAUUCGAUUACUCUGGCCACACGCCGCUGCAGAGCUCGAUCAAGGCUGGAAUGCUUAGGCUUCGGGACGAUCUAUCGGGUGUCAUACGAAGAGCCUUGAGUAACGCCAGUUGCUAUCUAGACGUCGAGGCUUGGGAAGAU